AUGCAUUGGGCUUCAGCACUCGGCCUGAUAACCGCGCUGGUGGCGCAGGCGGCCUUGGCCGCCCCUAACAAGGCCCCUAAGCCGGCUUGCCUCCCUGUCGUUGACCUCGGCUACGAACUUCACCAAGCCCUCAAGCACAACGAGACCACCGACGUGUACAAGUUUUCCAAUAUCCGCUACGCCCAGGCACCCGUUGGCGAUCUCCGAUGGCGUAGCCCAAAGGCGCCCAAGACGGAUCGUAGCGCGCCGAAGAACGGCGAUGGUGUGAGGACCUGUCCGCAGGGUGUUCCAGACUGGCAGUCAAGGGCCUUCAUCCCAACUGGGCGCUAUACCGGCGGCGUGCCGUGGAACCUCACCACCUGGGUGGAGGCCAUCGAUGCGUCCACUCCCUUCGAUCAGGCCAUCUUCAACGGAAACGUCACCGAGGAUUGCCUGUUCCUAGACCUCCAUGUUCCAGGCAAGGUUCUCUCUAAGGCCAUCAAGAACAAGAAGGGCAGCCGUGAUGUGCCCGUGCUGGUUUUUAUCCAUGGCGCUGGCUACACCUUCAGCUCCAAAAUCGGCCAUCCUACGCCCGGCUUCCAACCCGACGGUCUGCUCCGCGCCGCCCACGAAGCCAACGGCAAAGGUAUGAUAUUCAUCUCUCUCAACUACCGCCUCGGCGCCCUUGGCUUUCUCGCCGGGCCUGAAGUCCGCGCCGACGGCAACGAAAACGCCGGCCUCCUCGACCAACGCUUCGCACUUGAAUGGAUCCAAAACAACGUCCACCUUUUCGGCGGCGACCGCGACAAGGUAACCGUCAUGGGCGAGUCCGCCGGCGGCGGGUCCAUCAUGCUCCACAUGUCGGCCUACCAACAUGAAGGCAAGAAAGCCCCCUUCGCCCAAGCCAUCCUCCAGUCCCCCGCCACGCUUCUCUCCGCAGCAGCCCCGCCGUCGGCAUACAACGACUUCCUGUCCCUCCUCAACGUCACCACCCUCGCCGAGGCGCGGCAGCUCCCGUCGUCCGCCCUCGUCCUCGCCAACCAGGAACAAUGCCGCACCGCGGCGGCAAACACAUACAUCCACAUCCCCGUCCAAGAUCCCACCACCGCCCCUCUCGAACCCCUCCAAGCCUUCAACAGGGGCGCCUUCGCCACGUCGCCCAUCAACCUCCUCGCCGCCCACAACUCGCGCGAGGGCGCCUUCUUCUUCGACCCGACAGCCCGCACCGAGGCCGACUUUUUGCGCUGGGUCAAGUCCUCCUUCGCGGGCCUGUCGACGGCGGAGAUCGCCUCGCUCGCCGCGGUGGUCUACCCGCCCGUGUAUGAUGGGUCGCAGGGCUAUGUCGAUCUGCUUUCGCGCAUGAUGCAUGUGUGGGGGGAUGCGCUCUUCGACUGCAACUUUUUGUAUGCGAAUGAGGCGUUUGGUGGGCGGAGCUUUGCUUGUGAGUACCUAAUUCGUACUUUUCCGUGA